UGAGUGUUGAAAUCAGGAUGCAAACGUACUCAAAUUACAUGAAAAACUCUGGGAAUUCUGGGAUUAGGAAAAAUAUGGGAGAAUAGUCAAUUUAUUUUUGAAAUUGGGGAUAUCUCGUGUUGAACGAUAUCUAUGCUAUGUAGUGUAUGAUUACGAGAGGCUUUUCUUUCCUUUCAACGAGUUUCGUGUCCAGUGUUCGACAGUGUUCGGAAUAGAAAGAGCGGUUUUCCAUUUCGCACCGAAUGUUCUCGCAAAUAAAAUUAAAAUAAUCCGCAAAAAUUACAACCCGAGAAAAAUUUUGUGUUGCACUGCACUCUUCAGGUUGCCGUUCUACAAGUACGAUGGACUUGCCCACAAGUUGAGAUGUGAAAGCCAAGCUCAGAGCGAGGAAAAUGUCUGUGCUGCUCAAAAGCGAAGGCACCCUGCUCCACGCUCUCUAUAUUUCGAGUGGAUACUCCACCCCAACCCCUGCGCGGUGAGCCAUUUCCCACAACCCUAAAUUGGGCAGCUAGUUUCCAGGUUAUGCCGCGGAUUUUAAAAAAGUCUCGUGACUUUCGAGACUUCACAGUACGUAAAAAUUCCUCGAAUUUUCCUCAGUUUGCCAAUGGAGGAAGGCGUACCUUUAGUCGAUAAACGCACAUCCAAGUCUCGUCAGGAGUCAGGUUGCUAUUUGCCUUGUCGAUAUGCGCUGGCGAUUUUGUCUUGUGCUGGGUUUUGUGUUGUGUACAUGUUGAGAGUGAAUUUGAGUGUAGCGUUGGUUGCAAUGGUUAACUCGACUUAUGCCAAUGCCAAAGCUUCUGCACAUGAUCCGGAAUGCCAAAGAAAUACAUCUAAAUCAUCUUUAGAAAAGGAUGGAGAGUUUAAUUGGGAUCAAGAGACUCAAGGUCUGAUUCUAGGCUCAUUUUUCUAUGGUUACAUUAUCACACAAGUACCAGGAGGAUGGUUGGCGGCACGGGUUGGGGCAAAGUAUUUAUUUGGUUUUGGAGUUCUUUGUACAUCAGUAUUGACAAUGUUUACGCCUGCUGCGGCACAUCACAGUGUUGGCAUGUUACUCCUGGUCAGAAUACUGGAGGGGCUCGGAGAGGGUGUCACAUUUCCUGCCAUGCAUGCCAUGUGGAGUAGCUGGGCUCCACCUUUAGAGAGAAGCAAGCUUUGUACAUUGUCAUAUGCAGGGCUUCAAAUUGGCACAGUUCUUGGCUUGCCAAUAGCUGGAGUACUGAGUGCAUCUGACCUCUGGGGAGGGUGGCCAUCAGUAUUCUACAUUUUUGGUGCUGUGGGCAUUGUAUGGUUUAUUAUUUGGAUGAUGUUCACUUAUGAUAAACCAGCAAAUCACCCAAGAAUAUCUCUCAAGGAAAAAGAGUACAUUUUGUCAAGUAUAGGAUCUGCACAGGACAAAAAGACAAGAAAAUAUGCCACUCCGUGGUUUGAGAUUUGGACAUCACCUGCUGUGUGGGCCAUUAUCAUAGCUCACUUUUGUAACAACUGGGGUUUCUACACAUUUCUCACUUGCUUACCAUCUUAUUUUAAAGAAGUUCUUAAUUUUCCAAUAUCCGAGAAUGGUUUUUUGUCAGCCAUUCCAUUUUUACUAUCGUACAUAAUUGGUGUUGGCGGUGGCCAAGUGGCAGACAGGUUGCGUUACAGUCACAUAUUAACAACAGGAGAAGUUAGGAAAGUCUUUGCCACAGCGGGAUACCUUAUCCCUGCCUGUCUCAUGGUAGCAACAAGUUAUGUUGGCUGCGACAACACGACACUAGCUGUUGUUUUGUUUUCACUGGCCCUGGGCAUCACAGCUCUUAAUAUGUCUUCGUAUAAUGUCAAUCAUUUGGAUAUCGCUCCUAGAUAUGCAGGGGUUCUUAUGGGGAUCACCAAUUCCGCUGCGACAAUCCCAGGGAUGGUUGGCCCGUAUGUAGUGGGAUAUCUAACAGACAAUGAGCCAACCAGGGGCCAGUGGCAGAAAGUGUUCUACAUAUCUGCCGGUCUGUACGUAGUUGGCUGGAUCACUUAUCUACUCCUCGGAAGUGGAAAACAACAGUCGUGGAAUACGCCAUUUGAAGACCUGCUGGUACCUGUUGAUAUUCCGAGAGAGCCAAGAAUACCUGUUAUGGCGGACAUUCUGUCGAUUAAUAAUCAAGACACGGAUUUGUCACAAUCUGGUGCCGAAUGUUAAGGACAAAAAAGGUCAUGGGCGUGUGGGCUCAUUGGGACUAAGGGGGAGAGGGGAGAGAGGGUGGUGACCUUCUUGCCCGAACAAAUUCACGCAAUGCGUGAGUGUUGAAAUCGGGAUGCAAACGCACUCAAAUUGCAUGAAAAACAAAAACGUACACAAUUCUCACAUCCAUUUAAACUGCUAUAAUUCCAAAAAUAGUUAUGCUGAAAGGUUGCAUACUCAAUGACCUCUAUCAGCGGUUUCAAUUUUUGUCAAUUUGUGCCCGAAUUUUUGUCAUUUUUUUUUCGAAAAGUUAUUGGGGGCUAGAACCCCCGUCCCCCCCCCUCCCCCACCCCCAGCUCGUACUCUUAUGAAAAAAAUUACGGUGAAACCAUCUAAACCUUGAAGACAUGAAGUACGGUUGGAAUGCUUAUUACGUAAAGUGAAAAAAUUAUCCUGGUUGCCGUGUUUGCAGAUUGUUAACCGGAGUUAGUGUGUGUUUCUUCAUAAUUCAAAUAGCCCGUUUCUGUGUUGCCUUAAGCCUCUCCAUCAAAGCGAGGCUGGUGCACAACCAUUCAUAGGAAAAUGAGUUUCAUUUGUAGGUGAACGAAAUUCAUUUUCAUAUGAAAGGAUGGGCACCAAGAUUCGCUUUGAGGAAGAGGCUAAAGGUAAUUCGGAAAUGGCCUUUUGGUAGAGCAUGACAACCGUGACGCGAGAAUUUCGGGUUUAAGAAAUACAAACCCGAAAGACGUUUAUCACACUUUCAAACGCCUCGAAUUUCAUCAGAUUUGAAUACUCCGCUGUGGGUCAUGUUUUCGCCUUUCUUCGUAGUGUUUGGAAAUGUAAUCAGACACUCUUUCGUGUUCGAUAUUUUUCUUGAACCCCAGAUCGUUGUUAUGUUGAGCCACGUGGGUUAUAAAGUAAAGCGAAUGCGUUGACUCGGGCACGAAAAUAAGCUCCACACGUUGCCGUUUUCUUUCAAAACAAAUUCAAGUUGUUCUUUUGUAACUCGGAUUUCCUGUCUUUUGGGUCGUUUCUCCUGUUUUUCUUUUCGUUUGUUUGUUUGUUUUCGUUUGUUCCUGCGGUUCAGCUCACUCCUGAUUGGUCGCUAUUCAACAUUCUGGACUUGUUUCUAGUGGUUAUGACUUCACGGGCCUCACUGUAAAAUUUACUCACCGGGAGAUUGGGGGAAUGAUAACAAUUUGUAGCAAUGCUACUUUUAAUAUUUAUAAAAAGAAACACGCAGCAAAAUAUAGAGAAAAGAAGUACUGUUAAAAUAUAUGAUAAUAUGUUUUACAUCAAAGCAUCUUGGACCUUUUUUACGACUUUUGGAGAAAAAAUGCAUUUAUACAACAACUAAUUAGCAAAUUGAAGAAGUAUAGUUCAAAUAGUUUAAGUACAUUGAAUUUGCAGACAAAUUUUAAGUUAAUGCUUAAGUUAUGUUUUGAAAGGUAAAACGUUUAUUAAUAAAAGAAAAAUGCUCUGAGGUACAGCAUUUAAAAUACA